AUGUUUCUAAUCGAGGAACCAUAUGGUGCUUCAAAAUUAUUACAGAACGACUUUACUGUGUUAAGGAACAGUACAUUUUGUGAAGGACAGAGAAAAAGGCGGGUUUCUGAAACCGCUAAUUUGAAUUUCCAGGGAGGAUUUGCAAAAUGCUAUACGGCAACCGAUUUGUCUACCUCCAGCAGAGACGUAGCUCUCAAGGUGAUUUCGAAGGCUCGUCUUACGAAACAGUCCCAUCUUGAGAAGACGCGCAAAGAAAUUGCGAUACACGAAAAGUUGUCGCAUACGAACAUUGUUAAACUCUACAGUUUUUUCGAAGAUGCCGUUAAUGUAUACAUGGUUCUUGAACUAUGUAGUAACAAUACUUUGCUUCAUCAGAUUCAGUACGCUGAAGAAAAGCGACUUCGUGAAUCAUCUGCUCGAGUUUAUUUUGAGCAGAUUGUCGAUGCAGUGAUCUACCUUCACGAAACCGCAGGAAUUCUCCAUAGGGAUUUGAAGCCUGGAAACGUGCUCAUUAACAAAAAUGAUCAAGUCAAACUAGGAGAUUUUGGUUUGGCUAUGCGGAUUAUAGAUCUGCCUUCCGCUUCCUUAUCUGUCUGCGGAACACCAAACUACAUUUCGCCCCAAGUUUUGAAUCGCGAGGGACAUUCAAAAGAAUCAGAAGCAUGGUCUUUGGGUUGUAUCCUUUACUGUAUGCUUAUUGGGAAGCCUCCAUUUGAAACAGAUUCAUUGGAAGAAACGUAUAAACGUAUUGCGCUCUGUGACUACUAUUUUCCAAAUAGUAUUUACAUUUCCAAACGUGCUCAAGAUCUUAUAGCACAGCUUUUAGAACCAGAUGUUCAUUCGCGACUAAAAGUGGUUUUGAUAAAGCAUCAUCCCUUCUUUGCUGUGGACGAAGUACACUGUUCACAUAUGAGUCUCACAAGUUUUAUGAACGUUUAUCAUCAGCAUCCAGUAACUAUAUGCGACGUAACUGGCCAGAUCUGUUCUGCUAUACCACCUAUAGUUACCUGUGGGCUUCCAUCUAGCGCUCAUUCUGGAGACUCGGGUAUUGGGUCAGAUGGUUGUUUUACUAUGCGAUUACAACAGGCAACUCCUAUGGAACUUUACAACCAAGUUAUGGCGGGUAACUACGUUGUUUCUGAUGAGGCAGCUUACUCACUGGAAGGAAAGCUACUUAUGGUGAGUAAGUGGGUGGAUUAUACGAAUAAAUGUGGUUUUGGAUGCGUUUUAAGCGAUGGAACCUACUGCGUGCUUUUUAUUGACAAUUCUUCCUUUGCCCACAGGUUUGGUACUUCGAUGGUGGAUCGUGACCAUUAUGCACUUCUGUAUAAUGCUGACGACAUAUCAACUCGUAUUGAAUGGCGAGAUGGUGAUAUAAUUAAUGAUCUUAAAAUACACGAAAAGAUCAAAACUGCGGCUCGCUUCAAUGAAUAUAUGGAUAGAGAGCUCCAGAUGGCUAUUACAACUCAGAGUGUUAAUAGUCUGCCCUUGGAUAUGCUUGUAUACCAGAAACGACGCAAUGACGCCUUGCUAAUGGUCCUCGCGCAUGGGACUGCUCAGAUAAACUUUAUUAAGAGCCAUUAUAAGCUAGUGUUCAGUCGCAGUAAUAAUGGCCAGGUUCAUGUAACUGUAGUUCAUCCUGAAAUGGGAUUACGGACCUACCGUAUGGUUCCAAAGGUCUCAUACCCAAACCGCCCCGAAUGUCGUUUUGUCGAGGAGAUGAUUAGUGAUGCACGGAAGCGACUUGAAGGUUGUGGACUAAAGUCUUAUCAAGCAACCAAAUCACUGCCAGGGUGCAGUAUCUCUUUCAUAGUUCAUGUUUUAAAAUUUGAUUCGAUCGGGUAUCAGAAACUCAGUGAAGCUUGA